AUGGAGUUCAAGGUCAAGGGCAGCAAGCCGGGAAGGCAAUUUUCUGCGGAGAUCUCUCUGCUUGGUGGUGCUGGUGGUGGUGAUGCGUCCGUGGUGGCUGCUUUUGCGAAGCAAGAGCAUUUGCCUACAGACUGGAAGCAUUAUUCAGUGUAUGCUGCAUCGGUAGUGUUCGAGUAUCACAACGACCAGGGCCCAGAAUUCAACAUCCACCUUGAUCCUACAGUGGGAGUGCGUCUCCUGGGUGAGGAUGUCCUUCCAAAUGCAGUCCUUCUUGGAAGUCAUUGGGCUCCAGACAACGACAGAUGGAAGUGGCUUCGCGAGCACGGGAACCUUCAUUGGCAAGGAAAAUAUGCGAUGAGUACGCCUGCCCCGUUAGAGAAGGGUAGCCAGCGGCGGCUACUUGAAUUCAGGGUCAAAGGUUCUUCGCCUGGCAGACGCUUUUCCGCAUACUUGGAGUUUCAAGAUCCGAUGGGCCGGAGAAUGGGCGAGCUUACAUUAUUAAGCCGGAUUGCCCUUCCCCGAGAGAUGACGACCUACUCCUUUGAUGUGGAGCAGGUGGCUUUGACGUACCAUAAUGACCAGGGCCCUGAAUUCAACAUCCACCUUGACCCUACAAUGGGAGUGCGUCUCCUAGGUGAGGAUGUCCUUCCAAGUGCAGUCCUGCUUGGGAGUGGUUGGGCUCCAGACAACCCCAGAUGGCAGACACUUCGCGAGCACGGGAACCUUCACUGGCAGGGAAAAUACGAGAUGAGACCUGGCUCAGGUGAGCUGCAGCGAGGCGGCAUCAAGAUAAUGGAGUUCAAGGUCAAGGGCAGCAAGCCGGGAAGGCAAUUUUCUGCGGAGAUCUCUCUGCUCGGUGGUGGUGUAUCUGUGGCCGCUCGAUUUGCGAAGCAAGAGCAUUUGCCUACUGACUGGGAGCAUUAUUCAGUGUAUGCUGCGUCGGUAGUGUUCGAGUAUCACAACGACCAGGGCCCAGAAUUCAACAUCCACCUUGACCCUACAGUGGGAGUGCGUCUCCUAGGUGAGGAUGUCCUUCCAAAUGCAGUCCUUCUUGGAAGUGAUUGGGCUCCAGACAACGACAGAUGGAAGUGGCUUCGCGAGCACGGGAACCUUCAUUGGCAAGGAAAAUAUGCGAUGAGUACGCCCGUGCCGUUAGAGAAGGGUAGCCAGCGGCGGCUACUUGAAUUCAGGGUCAGAGGUUCUUCGCCUGGCAGACUCUUCUCCGCGUACUUGGAGCUUCAAGAUCCGAUGGGCCGGAGAAUGGGCGAGCUUACAUUAUUAAGCCGGAUUGCCCUUCCCCUGGAGAUGACGACCUACUCCUUUGAUGUGGAGCAGGUUGCUUUGACGUACCAUAAUGACCAGGGCCCGGAAUUCAACAUCCACCUUGACCCUACAGUGGGAGUGCGUCUCCUAGGUGAGGAUGUCCUUCCAAGUGCAGUCCUGCUUGGGAGUGGUUGGGCUCCAGACAACCCCAGAUGGAAGUGGCUUCGCGAGCACGGGAACCUUCACUGGCGGGGAAAAUACGAGAUGAGACCUGCUUCCUCCGAGGACGACAUUCUGAACCGGACGGUAGAAAUGCCUGCGUACUGGCAUCUGAAUGACGAGAGCAUGGAGUCGAAACGAGUCCCGGAGACUCCCGAGGUUUGCCAAGCGAUGCAGUCUUUGAUGGACAGCACAUGGAAGGCGAUAGCUACGAGGGACCGAGCGGAGGAGGAGGAGGAGGAGCUUGGAGGAGGAGGAGGCGGCGUGCAGCGAUUCGAAGUCGUUCAGGUGUUGCGAAAUGAAAACCCAAGUCUUUGGGUUCCUUAUUGGCGACAGCGGGAGCGAAUCCGCCGCCAGUGUGGAGAUAAAUCUUUGCCGGCCGAAACGGUGAAGACGAGCUUAUGUGAGGAGUUCUGCAAAACGAGUGGGCACGCGUCGUUAUGCCAUGACGCGCGCGAGUUCUACUUGUUCCACGGCACCAACCCGUCUGCAGCCAAUGCGAUCUGUGCCUCUGACUUCAGAGUGGACUUGGCUGGUUCUCACAAAGGAACUCUCUAUGGCAAGGGCAUCUAUUUCGCUGAAGCCUCGAGCAAGUCUGAUGAGUAUGCUUCGGACGACCAGGAUGGACUGCAUUGCAUGCUGCUGUGCAAGGUCAGUUGUGGCGAUUGGAUCUACACCGACGAAGUCAAGCCAGAUGUCGAAGCUCUGUUACAGAAAAUUCAAUCCGGCCAACACCACUCCAUCCUUGGAGAUCGUGAGAAGGCUCGCGGAACGUACAGGGAGUUCAUACUCUUCAACAACGACCAAGUGUACCCUGAGUACAUAGUAGUGUACAAGCGGCAUGCUGUCCGGUGA